AUGGACAAGUCUUUGGAUGAGAUUAUCGCCACCACCCGCCCCAAGGGAAUCCGCAAGUCGAACCCUCGUCGCAACUCGGGCAAGGCUCAGGUGCUUGGGACUGCAAACUCCGCACCGGCGGCGCGUGCAAGGGCAGUUCCAGCGUCCAACGGCGCGAAGACUGUGCCAGCGCCAACCUCCCAGCAGCCCGCAGACAAGAUCAUUGUCUCGAACCUCCCUAUUGACGUAAACGAGCUGCAAGUCAGGGAGCUCUUCCACACAACAGUGGGCCCGCUCAAGGACGUGACUCUCCACUACGAUAGUGCGGGUCGCUCCAAGGGCGUGGCUGCCAUCCACUUCCAACGACGAGGCGACGGCACGAAAGCUUACCAGCAAUACAACAACCGGCUGAUUGACGGCAGUUAG